CUAAUUACAAAAAAAAAUAUUUUAAAGGUACUCUGUGUACACACUUCCAGGUGAAAUACAUGCAUGUUAAAGGGUCCUAAAAGACAAGGCAGAGGAAUUCCAUGAUGCAGAUUGAUUUUAUGGAUCAUGUGUCAGAGUAACUAACUAACCCACUGUGUCAGGAGGUUGAGUGAGAGCAGUGGGAGCUACUGCAGCUCCUGUGCACUGAGCAGCCUGCAGCCCUGCAGCCUGGAGAGGUGCAAUGUUGCCAAUGGAUGCAGGAUGUUUCCAGGUAAAAAGCCCUAAAUGUUUUUUCAGCUGAUGUGUAUUCGGGGAGGAGAGUCCAUUAAGAGUGCACAAACGUGUUGGGUGGAUGCCGCGUUCACGCAUUCACACCCGCAGCCCCAUCAGCGCGCGCGCACAACAAAGUGGACGGAGGUCACCCCGGUGCCAGCCGCUGCUUAUCCUCGCACUUCCGGUGCGCUUUGAUCAGCCGAGCGCAUUCAGGACUAUAUAUACAACCUCACCGCACUAUCACACACACUCACACACACUCACAUCAGAACACGGAUACAAGCAGAAGGACAUGGCGACUCUACACGGCCAGCUCAUGAGCACGGAAUACCCACAACACCCCGCGUUUCCAGCCAGCACCCUGAGCAGGAGCAGCAGCAUGCAGCCUGCAGACUACAGCGUGUACGAGAGAGCGGCUUUGGUGAAGAACAGCAGGCCCGUGAUGGACAGCGCGGCUCUUCUGACACACCGCAGGAAGAGAACCAACUUCACCCAGCAGCAGAUCGAGGUGCUGGAGAAAGUCUAUUCGGACACCAAGUACCCGGAUAUUUACCUGCGGGAGAGACUGGAAGCGCUGACUGGCUUACCUGAAUCUAGGAUCCAGGUAUGGUUUCAGAACCGACGUGCCAAAUCACGACGUCAGGUCGGAGCUCCAGUUCCCGUGAAGCCCAAAGCAAGCAUUCCCAUCAUCCCAAACAGACCUCCGGCUUCUUACCCCCUUCAACACGAGCAGCUGGGGCAGGAGCUGAGGGGCAACUUCACUCAACCAGGCCAGGAGCUGAGAGGCAUCUUUCCUCAACCACACCGAGGUUACGACUCCCACUCCAUGUCCUGCUUGUUCAGUCAGGCUAGCGAUGACCGGAUCAGAGUGGAUCAGGUGAAGAGAGACGACCUGCGCGACCUCCAUCAGUACCACAGGGCAAACGGACACAUUUCAGCUCAGAGCAAGCCCGAGCCCUCAGUGAAGCCCAUGUUAGUGGACUAUGACAAUUUCCCUCCUAACAGAACCAUCGGCCCUGACAUGAGAGUGGUCAUCCCUCCAGUCCCGACGCAGGUGAACUUCAUCCCAAACCGGUCUCCACCGACGCAGAUUGCCUGUCCUCUGCAGCACACGCAAGUCAGAGUGCCACACGACAGCGUGGGUCAUUUUUCACCGAUCGGCAGCAGCGACGCGGGAGAUUUUUCCGAUUCUGACUCCGACUGGGAGAAAGAAGCCCUGGCUGGAUUUAAUGCUUUCAUAUAAUUAGUUUGUUCCUCUUUCAGCCAAUG